AAUCGUCCAUGGAUAUUUCAUUUUCAUUUCGCAUUGCAUUGUGAUCUGAUUAUCGUCUGGAGAGUUAUUUAAAUAAUUUAAUAGUUCAGUUUUUAUUGUUUGUGACGGCACUUGUAUUUCCUAAAAAAAUCGAAAUGCUGCAUUUUAGAUAUUUAUACACAAUCGUUGUGCUGUUCAGCUGUUGUAGAGCGGGUCAUUUAUCUGCUGGUGGCCUAGCUACAGAACUCAUUGAUGUACCUACAUCUAUGAAACCAACAUCAUUAGAAGAUAAAAUGACAACAGAGGCAAUCACUACAGAGACAACCCCCAAGCCUGACACAACUACCAGCAGCACCACUACAUCCACAACCUCUACUACUACAUCUUCCACAUCCACAACCUCCACUACCACACCUUCCACAACCACCACUACAGUAUCUCCUAAUACAACUAGUACAACUAGCACAACCACAACUAAACCGUCUCCAACACCAACACCAGCACCCACUCCGGCUCCAGCACCCACUCCGGCCCCCGGUCCUCUUCCCUCACCAGACCAAGGAAACUGGACAUAUACAGAUUCAGAGACCAACAUAACCUGCAUUGUUCUUAAGUUUGCAGCUCAAUUCAAUGUGACAUAUACCAAAGUUGACAACGUGUCAUCCUUCGCUCACGUCGUCUUCAACGUACCGAGUAACGCUUCUGUGGUGAACGGCUCCUGUGCAGGCGACCAAUGGCUCGAGAUCAGCUGGUUGGCGCCCAACACCACCAUUGCCAAUAACAUGACAAUUUAUUACCACAAGAACAAAACGACGAACAAUUACUACCUCAAGAGUCUCAAUGUGUCCUUCAGCCCAGAGCUGUUUGUAAAUGCUUCUAAAGCAAAUUCCCUGGAGCUUUACCACGGCAACGAAUGGAUGACCCCGGUGGCGACCUCGUACCGGUGUGAGGUCGCGACCCGCUUCAACAUGAGCUCCGACAGCCUGACUGCCGCCUCGAUGACCCUCACCCGGCUGCAGGAAGAGGCCUACAGGACUGCGCCCGGAACAGGAUUCAGUGCCGCUCGCCAGUGCGGCGGCGCCGACGUGCCGGACGCCGUGCCCAUAGCCGUGGGCUGCGCGCUGGGCGGGCUCGUGCUGGUCGUGCUGGUCGCCUACCUGGUCGCCCGCCGCCGCUCCGCCGCCAGCGGGUACCUCUCCAUGUAGGCGCCGCCCAUAAACACCAGUCUACACGAGGCAGGAGGUGAAAGUCAAUAAAUAUAUAAAGUUAUAUUAGCAGACAUACACAAACUCGGAACCGACAACUUCAUCGCAUUUACUUCAGCAAACUUUGUAUAUAUUUAUAGUUUCUUUUUCUACUUAAAAACGAAUGUAGUUUUAGAGAUUUCGAAAUGCAAUUUAGUUAAAAUUAUGGUACAAGUUAGUUGUACGUCUCAAAACCCUUAUACCUUUAGGUUCGAAUGAAAGAGUUGCUCAACACGUCGCACGCUGGUAACACCACGACGUACUGAAUCUGUAAUUAAAAAAAAAAAAACAUAUUUUAUUUUCUUUUUUCUUUAAUGCCGUUGUAUCUCGUACUAUACAACUAAGCUUUGAAAAAAGAUUUUUAUUUGAAUUUUAUGUAACUAUGGCCGAAGGUCGUUUUUUUUUUGUUUGGCACUGACCACGAUGCCUUUAGAAGAUGUCAAAUUAGAACGUGGUUUGGAGAAGUCGGCUGCGGAGGCUGCCGUGCCUUGCUUUGGGACUUCCUUCGCUGCCAAACGUCAUAUAUGCGUAAUGUACUUGAACAUGUAUGAACUCAUACAUUUCUAACGUCACAGUCAUGAUCGGUGUCAAACUUAGAAAUACGGCAUCAGAACAGCUUGAAAAAAAAGGGCCAUUCGUAGAUUGAUAAGUAUAAAACAGUUAUUUUGUGAGGAUAGAUACAGGUGCAUUGAUGUGGAUAAUGUGAUUAUUAAUUAUUUAAAAUUA